ACCAUCGCCACCAGUUUGCUACAACUCGUUGAUGCGUUAAGAUCGUCAUCGCCGCGUUCAAGAAUGUGGCUUGUACUACUAACCUGGUUGGCGAUCGCGCUCCCCCUGGGAGCCUUUGCUUGGUUCAAGAAGCGGUUCCGCUUUUGGUCCGACCGUGGCGUCGAGUUCAUCGAGCCGGAGCUGCCGUACGGGAACUUCAAGACGCUCGGGAAGGUCGAGCACAUUGCCCCGAUCACGAAGCGACACUACGAGUACUUCAAGACGAAGGGCGUUCCGUACGGGGGUGUGUUCAUGUUGAGUUCACCGCUGCUGUACAUUUUGGACGUGAAGCUGAUUAAGACGCUGCUGGUGAAGGAUUUUGGGUACUUUCCGAACCGUGGGGUGUACUUUAAUGAGCGGGACGAUCCGCUGUCGGCGCACAUGUUCGCGAUCGAGGGUCAAAAGUGGAAAACGCUGAGGAACAAGCUGUCGCCGACGUUUACCAGUGGGCGGAUCAAGAUGACCUUCCCGUUGGUGGUGGAGGUGUGCAAGCAGUUUUGCGACCAUUUGGAGGAGGUCGUGCAAGGUGUGAAUGAGGUGGAGAUGCACGAUCUGCUGUCGAGGUACACGAUCGAUGUAAUUGGGACGUGUGCGUUUGGGAUCGAGUGUAACAGCUUCCGUGAUCCGGACAAUGAGUUCAGAAGGUACGGGAAGAUCGCGUUCGAUAAACUGCCGCACUCUCCGUUGGUGGUUUACUUGAUGAAGGCCUUUAGGAAGUACGCAAAUGCGCUGGGGAUGAAGAUGCUUCACGAGGAUGUGAGUAGCUUCUUCUCAAACGUGGUGCGUGAUACGAUCGAUUACCGGGAGAAGAACAGCGUAGUCCGUAAUGACUUUAUGGAUCUUCUGUUGAAGCUGAAGAACACCGGAAGGUUGGAGGAAGCUGGAGAGGAGAUCGGAAAACUCUCAUUUGAUGAGAUCGCCGCUCAAGCAUUCAUCUUCUUCAACGCUGGCUUUGACACUUCUUCAACCGCGAUGACCUACACGCUGUACGAACUCGCCCUGAACCGGGAAGCUCAGGAGAAGGCUCGCAAGUGUGUGCUGGACAUCUUCGCCGCCAACGGCGGUCAGCUGACGUACGAGUCCGUCGCCAAUAUGGGCUAUCUCGACCAGUGUAUCAGCGAAACCCUCCGCAAACAUCCCCCGGUGGCCAUCUUGGAGCGCAACGCCGACAAGGACUACCGGAUUCCGGACACCGACCUGGUCAUCGCGAAGGGACGCAAGAUCAUGGUGCCGAUCUUUGCGAUGCACCACGACGCGGAGCACUUCCCGGAUCCUGAGGCGUACAAACCGGAGCGAUUCUCGCCGGAAGAGGUCGCCCAGCGGGAUCCGUACUGCUACUUGCCGUUUGGGGAGGGACCAAGGAUUUGUAUUGGGAUGCGGUUUGGGCAGAUUCAGGCUCGGGUUGGGUUGGCGAACUUGUUGAGACGGUUCCGGUUUUCGGUAUGCGAUCGUACGCAGAUUCCGGUGAAGUACUCGAGAACGAACUUUAUUUUGGGGCCGGCCAACGGAGUUUGGUUGAAGGUUGAGAAGCUGUAAUGUUGCAUUUUGUAUCGAUAGAUUAUUAGGUUAAAACGAAUUAAAACAAGUUGAUGUACUAACAUAAA